GAACUUCAGUAUUUUAAGACCAUGUACUGCCGCCAUGAGUGAUUGUAAACAGUUCCCAUUUUUCACACUGCCAUGUGAUAUGCAAAUUGAAGUUUUGAAGAAGCUUCCUCUCAAUGAUAUACUCUCAGCUCGGCUUGGCAGUACAGCUUUGAAUAAUCUAGUCGAGCGUUAUCGUCUUUCACUACCCUAUAGAAGUUUUCCCGAUGUGCAAUUUCAUCCGGUGAUGAGUGAUAGCAAGCACAUGCAGUAUGAAGAGAAGACGUUUGCUAAGCGAUUUAUGAAAGGAGAAAUUGGCGGUUUGACUAUAUCUUAUAUGGAAAUCACCAACGAUUUUAUCGCUUCACUAGAACGAGCCAUAAAACGAUCUCGUAUCCGUGUCUACCGUCUGGGAUUGGAUUACUGUCGCAUUUCUGUAGAUGCUCAGUCAUUCUCGCACUUGCUGGAAGUUAUGGGAAUCUUUGAACUGUCCAUUGUUCACACUGUAACUGUCAGCAACACUUUUACGCUUGAUUUGGCGACCAAACCUAGCGUUAGGAGGCUGGAGCGGUUCGGAAUUCUUCUGCCUACUAAUAUCGAUGACGAGUAUAUUCUGGAAUCGAAGAAUGACUGGUUGGCAGUUUGCGGUACAAAUGUCACCGAAGCAGCAGUGAAUCGGUAUAUCAAGGAGUUUGUCGAAGGCAAGAGGACCUUCCAAUACUUGGCACUAGAGCUGCCGAACACCAUAGAUUCUGCUAACAUCCUGCUCGACAUUGACUUUUACCUAGAUAUCGAUAACAGUAUCCAUUUCUUGAAUAAGCAGGGCGAACGCAGAAGUUUGGGCAUUAGCGACAAAUGCAUCCAAAUUUACAGUGACAUGGCCAUCCACAUGAUUGAGCAGCAUAUGCAACAAACAAAAUAGAUAUAAUUCGUUGACAUUUGGAUGAGAUUCGAUUAUUUUGGCGUAUAAUGCGUAAAUCGUCGCUGUCUUUUGUAUAUAUAAUUAUUAUUAUGUAUAUGAUAUUAUGUUGGUUAUAAGCAUUGCUACCGUUGACGUUGAUUGAUUAUGAAUCAUACUGUAAUGUUAUAUUAUAAUAUCCACUUAUGUUGACUAUUAAACUAUUGAAAAUCGCGUUUGAUUUUCCGCUAUUUCCUG